AUGUCUGGUGGUAAAAGUUCGUCUGUGAUUAUUAUAUCCGGCCCCCGGCGUGAACAUCAUCCACCAUGGGAAACGCAGCUUGUCGACACUGGACAUGACAGCAACAAUCCGAUCCAAUCGCCAUCCUUGAAGUCCAUGACAGUUACCAUAUUACCGAUUGUGAUGUUCCACGAAGCCGACGUCCACUUGACCCAGCAUUAA